UGGAUAUUGGAGGGGGACCUCUGGAGACCAUCCCAAGGUGGAGUGCUCCUGUUCAACAAGCUCGUGCCUCUAGUUGGCCAGGUUCUGUUCUCUUCCUCCUCACACCAGUUCCUCGCGUGGUGAUGUUGACUUGUGUUACUCAUGAUAAGCUCUUAACUAAAAUGCAAGCAAAACCAGAAAGAGAUGCAUGUUGACAGGACAGCUGACACCAUGCUAGAUCUGGUGCUUCUUUGAGUACGAGGGAGUAGAAGCUUUUUAACCUGCUGCUCUUCACUGUGCUGCUUGAUGAGGGGACACUUGGAACCUUGGGGAUAUACUUCUGCAAAGUUUAGUGUGGGAUAGAGGGGCAGCAGACAAGCACCUGUCUUCUGAAUAAGUCCCAGGAGAGAAGACUGGGGAACUGAAAGAACGUGAAAACUGCAACCUGUUCAUGAUUGCCAUUUAUGGAUCCAUAUAGGGUAUGCUCAGUAUCUGAAUUACAGGAAGAAGGAAUGAAUGCCAUUAACUUGCCUCUCAGUCCGAUUCCAUUCGAACUAGACCCUGAGGACACUAUGCUAGAGGAAAAUGAAGUCCGAACAAUGGUCGAUCCAAAUUCGAGAAAUGACCCAAAAUUACAAGAACUAAUGAAGGUAUUAAUAGACUGGAUUAAUGAUGUGUUGGUAGGAGAGAGGAUUAUUGUGAAAGACUUGGCUGAAGACCUGUACGAUGGACAAGUACUGCAGAAAUUAUUUGAGAAACUUGAAAGUGAGAAGCUGAAUGUUGCUGAAGUUACUCAGUCUGAAAUUGCUCAGAAACAGAAGCUACAGACAGUGCUUGAGAAGAUCAAUGAAACACUUAAGCUCCCGCCAAGAAGCAUUAAGUGGAAUGUUGACUCCGUUCAUGCUAAAAGUCUCGUAGCAAUACUUCAUCUUCUGGUUGCAUUAUCGCAGUACUUUCGAGCCCCCAUCAGACUUCCAGAUCAUGUGUCCAUUCAGGUUGUUGUUGUGCAGAAACGAGAAGGAAUCCUCCAGUCUCGACAAGUCCAAGAGGAAAUAACUGGUAACACUGAGGCAUUUUCAGGAAGACAUGAAAGAGAUGCAUUUGACACGCUGUUUGACCAUGCUCCAGACAAGCUCAGCGUAGUAAAGAAGACUCUCAUCACAUUUGUGAACAAGCAUCUCAACAAAUUGAAUUUGGAGGUCACUGAACUGGAGACCCAGUUUGCAGAUGGUGUGUACUUAGUCCUGCUAAUGGGUCUCCUAGAAGGCUAUUUUGUUCCUCUCCACAGCUUUUUCUUGACUCCUGAUAGUUUUGAACAAAAGGUCCUCAAUGUAUCCUUCGCAUUUGAGCUCAUGCAAGAUGGUGGAUUGGAAAAACCAAAGCCUAGGCCAGAAGAUAUUGUAAAUUGUGACUUGAAAUCUACACUGAGAGUACUGUAUAACUUGUUUACCAAAUACAGGAAUGUGGAGUGAAGAAUUCGUUUGGAACAUAAAGAAGUGUUAACAAAGAAAAUGUCAUAACUAGCAUAUUUUUCACCAAUAUUCCUCUGCAUCGUUAUCCUAGAAGGAACUAAACCAUUUAUCUGAAGAAUCUUUAAUUGACUACUCUUGCACAACUUUUUCCAUAGUGGGCUUAAAGCUAAGACUACGUAAAACUAAUACAAAUUAUGGAAAAAAUUUGGAGGAAGGUAUUUGAAUAUCUUCUGGGAGAAUCUAUGUCUCAGUAAUAACUCCAUCUCUACAGUUUUGUAGUAGGUGGAGCAGCAAUGAAAAAAAAAGAUUUAUUAACUUUAAUUCAAAUCAGCUGUUGAAGCCACAUAUAGGAAGUUUCUGUACUAAGCAUCUACUUCAGUGUUUAUGAAACGUAUCUGUUCCAGUCUGAGGAGAGGAAGCAUACUUUUCUGUCCAUGAUAAAAUGAUUGCAUUGAAAUUCUAAAAAAUGUACAUACGGAGAAACACUAUAAUGCUAUUCUUCACAUCAGAGCUGAAAAGAAUAGACUUCCUCAAGUACUUAACCUAAUUAAUUUGUAUUUUCAGUGCAGUUAGGCUUGAAUUUUAUGGGUACAAACUGAAGUGGCUACUUUUUCCUUCAGUCUUAUUAUAAGAUAUAUAUAUAACAGAUAGAUAUAUAUCUAUAAAUAUAUAGUACUGAGCAUUCCUCCUAAGUACACUUUGCAGCUUGUUCACUUAGUUUUUUUCAUGAAGAUCCUUUUUUAUUGUCGUUUUUUUCCCCAAGGACACAUUUUCAGGAAAGCACACCUGUACGAUACAGUUUCCCUGUAGUAUUUGUAUUAUUAGCAUAGAAAUGCUAGAAAGUUGGCUUAUUUUUCUUUUUUCCAACUUUUAAUAGUUGGAACAUGGAAUUGUCACGUUAUAAAUUUAGAUUUAUUAUUAAAUAGAAUUUAGAAUCUAUCCUUUUGGUUGAUGUUAUGGUGAAUGGAUUUUGUUGCCUAAUGUCCAGCAUAAAAAAUAAUACUUAUUUUCCAGAAACAUUCCUCUAGCCUUUCAGCUAUAAAAACACUGCUUUUACGUAGGUUGCUCUGAAAGUAAUGUCUCCUAUUUAUUUCCAUGAAAACUACAACCAA